GCAUUGAUGACAGUAUGUGUAUUAUAAUAAACAGCACAUCUUCUUAUUAUCUCAUCACAGUUGCUUGAGGAACAGUCAAGCAUGCCAGGAGUGAGCAUGCCAGAACCCAGUGCACAAGAGGCAGGACAUGUGCACGAGGUCGCGGAUAUGCCUUCUGUGCCUCCUUCACCUGCUUUGGACAUAUCGGUGGGUGACGUACAAGAAGACAUCAGUGGAGACAGCACUGGGUUUGACUGCACACAUAUUCUUAUAUGUGACGAACAAAAUGACCCAUUGAGCUUCACUGAUGACACAAGUUCAGUAGGGACACCUGGGCCAUCCGUUCAGUCAUCCAGGCUGUCGUCUGUAGGCACUUCCCCGCUUGCCUCCCUUACCAGCCCAAGCACCAGCAGAGGCGUGCUCGUGGUAAGGGUAAUACUCAUAAACAUAACACUUGAAUAUGAUAUUAUACAUUAUGUCGUGAACUGGCAGUACCUGAUAGGAAACAGAUGCAAUAUCUGUAGUUACAACUUGUGACACGGACGUCUGAAAUCUCAGUUCCACGCUAUGGCUAUGUUCUGCAAUUUCUGGUGGACACAGUGCUGGGAAUGAAGUAUAGUAAAG